ACCAAAUACUUUUUCUUAUUGCUCACUCUACCAUUUGCAGACAAGGAAAAAAAAACAAGAAAGAAGAAGAAACUCGCACCACCUGAAGAAGGCAACACAUAUCAGCUGAGAAAACUGAAAAUGGCUAGCCCCGAAGCUGCGAACGGCAUAUCAGAAACCUCCGAUCAGACAUUCCCGGCUGUGGACAUCGAGAAUGAACUGAAUCCCGGUCUGAACACAAAAGUUGAAGUUGACCCUGUAUCGUCUGCCGUGGCUGCUUCCUUGGAGGUUAAGGAACAAGCUGAAGCAGCUCAACAGCAAAAAGAAAGAGAGAAGGACGCCAUGCAAUCGCUCAAAUCGGCCAUCUUAAUUUCCGCAGCGGUGGUUGCAGUGGCAGGAGCAAUCUUCGCCAUAAGCAAGAAGUUGAGAGAGAAAUGAGUGCUUGAAGCUUGACAGUUGCAAUAUCAGCAAACUCUCGAUUUUGCUUUAGUAUUCCCAGUUUUUCUUUUUUGCUUUCCAAACAUGGGACUUUUCAUUUGCUUUUCAUAUUCUUUUCUUUGUAGCUCUGCCGCGAGAGGAUUAUUUUUAGGGAAGCAGUGGAUUUGGACGAUGGAACUAUACAUUAUUUAUUAGAUAUAUGUGAACUGUUGCAUUUACAA